UUUCAAUUACCAUGGACCAGGUCUCCCCAAGGAUCAUAUGUGCAGGGAUGGAACAUACCAGCCAUCGACUGAUCUGGAGGCUAUACCGGAAUCUCGGUUUAGCGGCUCCUGCAGCAUGGUUUGCCUACGGAAAGAGCCUAUCGAGUGCACAGGGUGUGGCCAGGCCUAAUACUACAUGUAUUGUCAAGUAGUACUGCGUAUAAGGAGCAGAACUCCUUCCACAAGACCCGGAUCAUGAUCGUUUUUGAGACUUUUUCCGUCCAGCCGGCUGACGAUUACAUUCCUUAGUCCUCUUUCACUCUCAUUUCUUCUUUCCUUUUUGUCUGAUGAUUUGUUUCUUUUCGUUCGUCCUUUCAUUGUACUUGGCACUGUGACGGCUGUACGAGGAAAGCAAUGGUGUUGGAUCCCUCCGAUGUCCCAAAUAAAGGUCCCCUAUUUGUCAAGGUGACCGCUAUCUUGACGGUGAUCGCCUUCAUAUUAGUGGCCUACCGAAUACUAUGGAAGGUUUACAUGAAAAGCAAAAUCGCCGCCGAUGAUGCGAUCAUCUCUUUCUCCAUGGUUAUACAGAUUGUAAAUACGGUCAUGGGGGACUUGGCAUGUCACUACGCCUUCGGUCGCCACCGCGCCGACGUGGUUCGAACAGGAGGCAACCGGGUCCUCGCAUUGAAGUUCUUCUGGCUCUUCCAGAUCUUCUACAAGCUCGUCCUAUGUCUCAACAAGCUAUCCUUCCUCGCAUUCUACCUUCGUCUCUUCCCAACCCCCAAAUUCCGUCUUAUCUGCUGGAUCACCAUCGCUCUGGUCCUAUCCAGUACCUUCGGAUUCGUAAUCGCCACCAUCUUCCAAUGCAUCCCCGUCCACGCGAGCUGGCACAAGGACAUUCCCAAAAAAUGCGUCAAAAACGCUGAAUUCCGCUGGUCCUGGGCGGGCUACAACACCAUCAUGGACAUCUGGGUGUGCCUAAUGCCCAUUCCCGUCCUAGCACGGCUACACCUUGACCGUUUCCGCAAAAUCGGGGUGAUGCUCGUCUUCUGCAUGGGCCUCUUCGUUUGCAUAACCAGUAUUGUUCGCAUGUGGGCCAUGGCUGAAAGCACAAAAACGAACGACCCAACCUGGGGAUCGUUCGAUGCGCUGAUGUGGAGUGCUAUCGAGGCCAGUACGGGGAUUAUUUGUGCUUGUCUACCAUUUUUGAAGCAUCCGAUCCAGAGGGCUAUUCCUAGUUGGUUUGUUUCCCUGUCGAAUGGCUCGAGGAAGACGAGGCCGAGUUACCGGAUGAGUCGGCUCGGGUCGCAGUCUGGAAUUCGGACGGGCGGGCAGAGGGAUGAGGAUUAUUAUGAAGAGGCUGAUUCUGAGAGUAUGGGCAGUCAGGGUCCCAUUGCCAAGAAUCAGAUCGUUAUGAAGACGGAUAUUGUCAUGCGUACUGAACGGGCUUAUUCGUGAUAUGAAUCUACA